AUGGGCAGUAACAACAAAGAUACUGCCAAGUCUCUGAGGCUGAGUGAUAGUAGUAGCAGCUCCCAAGCCAUCCCCACACCCCACCUCUUUCGUAGAAGUGCUAGUACUAGCGCUGCUGGCGCGGACGUUUCGCGGGAGGCGGAAGAAUUUGAAGCGGUGGAGGCGGAAGGAUCAUGGGAUGUUGGGAUGAUGGAAGGGGAAGCGCCGGUCGCGCUCGUGGGAUCCUUCCGGGAAAUGGCGAAUCCGCGCCUGGCAGUAGAUUCUGCUAGUAGCAACAGCCGUGGUGCCACGAGUGAGGGCAUGAGGGCGUUAGAAGCAGAGGCGGCUGCUGUUGCGCUGUCUGAGAGGGGUAAUGAAGGGGAAGCGCCGGUCGCGUUGGUGGGAUCGUUCCGAGAAAUGGCCAUCAGCCAUGGUGAGGGUAGCACUAUGAGAGCUUUAGAAGAAGCGGCUGCUGCUGUUGCUGUAACAGGUAAUGAAGGGGAAGGAGGGGGAGUGGGGGGUGGGAAGAGAGGGGAAAGGGAGGGUGAGGGAAGGCGGGAGUUGCAAUCUGGAUGGGCGAAAGGGGUUCGUGAAAUGGCGCGGGUAGCGAGUUUGAGUGGCGGUAUGGGGACUGUUGAAGCUACGGCUGCUACUGCUGCUGCUGCUGCUGCUGCUGCUGCUGCUGCUGCUGCUGCUGCUGCUGCUGCUGCUGCUGCUGCUGCUGCUGCUGCUGCUGCUGCUGCUGCUGCUGCUGCUGGUGGUGGUGGUGGUGGUGGUGGUGGUGGUGGUGGUGGUGGUGGUGGUGGUGGUGGUGGUGGUGGUGGUGGUGGUGGUGGUGGUGGUGGUGGUGGUGGUGGUGGUGGUGGUGGUGGUGGUGGUGGUGGUGGUGGUGGCGGUGAACAGGAGGAGAUUAAAAAGAUAGUGAUAAUCGAGGAGACACAUGCAGCGGGGGGGCACGCGGAGAGGGGGCAUGCAGAGAGGGGGCAUGCAGAAGGGGAACAGGCUGGCUUCAGACGGAAAGCUGCAUCCAGAGAGGGGACUACAGACUCCCAAUACGAGGAAUCUGACUCAGACCUCAUCUCUCCUUCUAGCCUGCCGUUCUUAUCUGUCUCCCCCCGUCCAUCCUUCGGCCCAGCAGCAUCCGCUCUCUCCCCCACCACCUCCCUCCCCCAUGGCGCCUCGCUCCCCCUCACCCUCCCGCACUCAUCCAUCCUCUCCCCAACCGCCUCCCUACCUGCCAACGCCUCCCUCCCCCCCACCCUCCCGCACUCAUCCACCCUCUCGUCUCCUGCCUCUCGCAGCCUUCGCAAAUUCAGCUCUGGUCCGCUCUUCUCCUCCCUGUCUCGGACCCUGUCCCGCGAUGUGUCUGUUGAGUCAACGCACAAGCCCUUCCGCAAAUUCACUUCCGGUCCGCUCUUCUCCUCCCUGUCCCGAACCUUGUCUCGCGACGUGCCUGUUGAGCCGACCCAAAAGGCCGCCAGCAAAAUCAGCUCUGGCCCGCUCCUCUCCUCCCUCUCCCACACUUUGUCCCGCUCUCGCUUCAAGCACCUGCUUUCUCCGCUCCUCUCCAACCCUUCCAAGCCUGGCACAGAGGCUGGGGGGAACGCCGCUGGCUCGAAUCAAGAUCCACCACCACAAGAUUGUGGUACAGAUUUCGGGGUAGCCUUGGAAACAGGUUCGGGUCUGCCGAAGCAAGUGCCCCGGUCUGCUUCUGCUGUGGAUGCUGGGGAGGUGAAUUCCAAGGCAAGGCAGAACUGGUUGAAAGUGCUGCGUGUGCCCAGAGCUGGUGUGCUGGGUGGAGGCUCCAAGGGGUGA